AUGGAACAACUGCCCGCGGCUUGUCUCCGUCCACGCAGCAAGACCAACGUAGUCAGCGUUAUUACUCGCGGUUUGAUGAAGAUCAGCGAGAAGUAUAACCCUUCGUUCACACCGCCGGCCGCAGUCCUUUGCUCAAGCCAUCGUGGCCUGAAUCCUUGGACAAUUCACGCCCUUUUUGCACUGGUCCUGAAAGAGAUCACAUUGGAAACGGCCAGCUUGCGACAUGACCGACAACGCGAUAGAGGUCCGGAAUGUACACCCUUGAUACAAGAAUUCGUUCGUCGUCUGGAUGGUAUCCAGGCCUUGUGGAUGGACACGUACAACUUCGAACUCCUUCAUGGUCGCCAGCCGAAAGUGCUAAGCCAUGUAAAUUCACAUUGUGAGGCGUGCAUCUUGUCAGCACUCGGAUCUCGUCCCUCUUUCCUUGGCGACCUUCGUGCUAAUCUCAUUGCCCGGACUAAGAGAACGUCGCCAUGCCUGCAAAGGAUCGUGGACGCGUGGAUUAACGAGUUCCCUGAGGCUGCACAAAGAGAAGUCUUCAAAAGAAGCGCAAACUUAGCCGAGGAAAUUCGGGCUAUGCUUAAAGAUGUCAAGGCAGCGCGACACCAGAGGCGCGAGGCGAAAAUGCACCAAAAGCAAGCCAGAGGUUCGGAGAAUGCCAGCAGUGGUAUCAGGAAGACAUCCAGACGCGAUACUCCGCGCUCAAUUCCGGACGAGCAAUCGACCGCAAGUGGGCGACCUUCCACGACACUGAGCGAGGACCCAUUUGCUGACCCAGAUGACGAAAAUCCCGACACUGAGAACCGGCCGUGGGAAGAUGCCGUCGGGCACUAUUACGAGCGGCUGGCCCGCCAGAACGGACACAAGGGUGCUUUCGACCGAUCAUCCCUACACCCGGCCUUUGGCGGCCCGGCGCCUCAAUCCGAUGCCCAGUUCCGCCGAGACUUUGGCACGGGAAAAGAGGUGGAUCGGAAAGAACAAGGGGCACUUUGGGAUGACGCUGUUGCUAAUAGUCCCGCUAGGAGCGAACAGCGUUUACGCGCAUCUGACUUUCCCCCCUCGAUGAUCCAAGACGAUGCCCGACGACGUGAUCGGUUCCGACAUGUAGACUCUACGGACUCCGAGCCGCGCACUCCUCGACCUGCCACGCCUCCCGCCGCUACCCUCGCACCGCCGUUCCGUGGGUACGGCACCGCAGCGCCGAGCAGCCCGUCGUAUACGGACGCCAGCGUGUACUCGAACAGCGAGCCGGCCCAGCCUCACCCCACGACCGGGUCGCUCGCUUCCAUCGUCACGGCCUGGCCCGACGUUACGUCUCGCUCGUCUUCCGCCCGUAGACCCCGUGGGCCCCGUCCGGGCGGGCUCGACCGCCGCGCCACGGAUUCGAAAUUUACUCCCCCUCGUGGGUUCGAGAUGUCCCCCACAGAAGCAGCAUGGUAUCUAGCCGAGGAAGAGGGGGUAGCUCGCCUAGAGGAGAUGGGACGUAUCGGCCGGCCGAGUUUCAAGAACCACGUUGACUUUGGUGCUGCUGCUGCUGCUGCGUCGGAGGCCGAAUCGGAGUGCGAGACUGGGUUGAGAACACCAACGGCGAAUUCCACGCAAGCUGGGACUUGGGCUCCGUCGUCUCGUGAUCGGCCUGUGCGAGAUGUGUCGCCUCUAGGUGGUGAUGACGAUGAUGCGCGCAGCGUGGCGGCGGUGGGGGGACGGCCGCCUCUGAGUGAGGCGUCGACGAUUUAUCCUGACGACUCGUAUAGUUUUGCGAAUUUCCGGCGAUGA